CCUUUUCUUAUAUUAAUUUACAUAUUUUCAGGGGGAGUCAACUCUACAUAUCUACAAUUUCAUGUUGGGACAUCCUGACUUGUCCGUGUUUGAUAUCAGUCCAUGUUACCCUGACGGAUCGAGAGAAAUGUACCUUCAGUUUGUUGUUCCAGGGAAAUACAGCGAAGACGUGAGUGGUCGCCGAUCUGAGUUCUACUCCGCGAUAAGGAAGGUCGUUGCAAAGGUUGCUGGGAUAUCUCUCGUCAGAGUUGGUUCUUUAAAUAUUCAACAGAGUCACAGUGACAACGGCAAACUGUUGGUGGUUCUCUCCAUGUUUGACAAAAUACCAGCCACAGUGAAAGUGAAGAAAGGUGUCAGUGAGAUCACUCUGGACCAGGCAUACAGCAGACUCAACAAGGCACUGAACCACAACGGUCUGGCUUUCAGCGUGCGAACCAAACCAAACAUAAAGUGGUACACCAUUCAGAAAGAGUCAUUCGGAAAAAUUGCAAAUCCAAAUGAGAAAAGCUCGGGAGAAUACAGCGCAGCCUCCAUGACAGGUCUUGGAAUUGGGAUGAUCCUGCUAGGGUGCGUCCUUGGAUUACUCAUCGCCUUCAUCAUCUACCGCCGCGUGAAUCCGCCCCUUUCCAUUCCCUACGAACGAAACCAAUAACUCCCCGAGUUUCUACCAGAAAACAUAAUUUGCGAGAACUCAGUAAAAACCAAAAAUCAGACAAUAAUUGGCACCUCUAAGGUGAUAAUGGGCUUGAAAUGUUUUGGAAUUGGACAUUGCAUUCCAUCAGGUCAGAUCAAUUCAGAUGGUUUCACGUGCACAUUCCAGGGCCCCGUUCCACGAAGCGAUCUUAGCCCUAAGUGCAUAGGGUAGCUAUGCGCCUAAGGUAAUCUUAGGGCUAAGAUCGCUUCGUAGAACAGGGCCCAGGGCCAUAGCAAGGAUUUUUUGUUUGUGUGUGGGGGGUGGGGGUGGGGGUGGGGGGCAACUGAGUAGUUAAUAGUCUAAAACUCCUUAAACGGUUAAGAAGAGAAUUUUCUUUAAGAUUCUAUAAAUUUUUUCCGGCCCUGUUGUAGUGCACACCUGUCACGGGCACAGGUGCAAGCCUUCGCCGGCUCCUCUGUCCAGGACAGGAAAAGUUGCAUUUCAUGUGCUUUGGCAAACUUAAAACAUCAGGGUUUGAAUUUACAAAGCCUGUUUAUGACUUACACACGUAUAACUACAUACAUUUAUAAUGGUUAAAGGCGUAGUCCCGGUUUCAACGCGUAAAAAUAGACACUAAGUUUAGUUAAAGAGACAUACCCUAGUUUCAGCCCAUGAAAAUUAACACUAAGUUUAGUUAAUCUACAAACCUGUAACACAUUUGGAUAAAGUUGCAAGUGAGUGAAAC